AUGAACCCAAUACUGUCAAAUCCCUCACAACACCAACCGUCUGCGCUCAGCAUCAACCCCGCUACUCUCAGCGCAGCGUCAACCUUGGGCGGCACACAUCCACGGUUACAACCAGCAACUCCUUCAUCCGAUGCAACACGGCGGUCUACGCCAACAUCUGGUAAGCGUCGGCGGUCAGAGGGUGCGAACGACUCGGGUGACCAUAGUGGUUCAACGCCAGGCGCGAAGAAGGACAGUCAAAAGAAGAAAAAGGCGAACCGCGCGUGUGUUCACUGCCAGAAGGCCCAUCUUACUUGUGACGACACACGACCAUGUCAACGAUGCAUCAAACGCGGUAUUGCAGAUACAUGUACGGAAGGUCAUCGAAAACGAGCCAAGUACUUACUCGAUGACGAGGAGUUGGAACCCUUCCCUCCAAACGACCCUCUCUUCAACGUCCCGUACGACCCUUCCUUCCCCUUCGGCUCCGAGGCCGCCAACCUCGAAUACUCCAUUCUCUCCGCCAUCCUCGGCAACCCCUCCCCAGGCGAAUCGCACUCUACCAGCACCCCUCCGCCCACACUUCCUCCGUCAGGCUCAAAUCCGUUCGCGGCCGAAUACGGCUGGGGACCGAACGACAGCGGAGAGUUCUUGGCGAGUCCGUAUGCGUCGUCGUCUCCGAAUAUGUCGAUGCAGAGGUCAGGAUCGCCCGGAUUAGGGUAUCAGUCCAUGGAUACGGCUGGCGAAGGGUCUUCGGGUCAACAACAGCAAUUAGGCGCUUCUCAGACAGGUCAGAAUGCUCAAGGGCAAGUGCAGCGCUCAGAAGAACCAUUACACCCAUUAGCUCCAAGAUGGCCACCUACGACCACGGACUCGACGUACGUCUUCUGGCCAGGUCCGCCUGGGAGGGGUAGGAACGCUGCCGCGACCGCUCUGGCCAAUGCUGUCGCAGGUGGGGACGACAUAGGGUUGGGACAGGUGGUACUCAGUAAGCAAAAGACAGCGCAAGAAGUAUAUAGCAGUGUAAUAGCACCCUAUGAUUAUACGGCGGGGUAUCAUUCGUUAAUGAAAUAUCUGCCACAUCGAUUCGAGAAGAACGACAUCUUGCGCAUUGUCCGGGCCCUGGCGAUCUUCCGACCGUCACUGAUCGCUAUGCAGAUGCCAUUAACGGAGGAGGACGAAGUCUUUGUCGAGAAGUGUUUCCAGCGCAGUAUCAUCGAGCUGGAUAAAUUGAUCUCGUACAGCGGUACUCCGACAGUCGUGUGGCGACGGACGGGGGAGAUCUGCCUCGUUGGUCCUGAGUUCUGUAUGCUCACCGAAUGGACGAAGGAAGAGCUUUUGGGCAAAGGGAAAUACAUAUGGGAGCUCUUCGAAAACCAGUCCGUCGUUGAAUACUGGGAGAACUUCGCUACCCACGCCUUCGAGAACACGACCCAAUCGGUCUACUCGCAUUGUAUAUUGCUCAAGCCUUCCGGUGCCCCGGUACCCGCGACAUUCUGUUUCUCAAUACGAAGGGAUAUAUUCGAUUUGCCCAGUUUAGUUAUUGGUCAAUGGUUACCACUGCUUUAG